GGCGCCUCCCUAAUUGCAUCACAGAAAGCCUAUAACUGUAUGAGAAGUACAACUAUAUCUUUAUUACCAUUCAAAGGUAGCCACCGAGAGGACUUCAAGUUACUGCCAGGUUCUCAAGUGCUGACACUAAGUAAUCACCAACAUGUUGGUCCUUCUAGCUGGUAUUUUCGUUGUUCACAUUGCCACGGUGAUAAUGCUGUUUGUAUCCACCAUCUCCAAUGUAUGGUUGCAAGGUCAACAGGGUGGUUCCCGAGGUAUCUGGUUUCAAUGCAACAACUCAGAGUGCUCGAGUAUAAUGAACACCAUGAGUGAAGGGGAUCAACCGUCAAUGAAAGCAGUUGAAGCAUUCAUGGUACUGGCCAUCAUCUUCUCCUGCUUCGCUCUGUGUGCCUUCAUUGGUCAGCUGUUUACUCUGGAUAAGGGAAAGCGUUUCUACAUCACUGGAGCCCUUAUGCUAGUCUGCUGGUUGUGUGUGCUGAUUGGAGUUUCUAUCUACACUGCUCGAUUUUCAAGAGCUGAUGGCUUCUACCAUGGAUACUGCUUUAUUUUGGCAUGGAUCUGCUUUUGUCUUAGUCUUCUAGUGGCAAUCCUCUACUUUGUCCUGCGAAAGAAGUAAAGAGCUCCUGACCUCUUUCCCACAGCCUCUGAACAUUGUUCUUCAAGAUGUCAUCCCACACCCCCCCAAACACAUACAUGCUUCAGCAGACUUUGUCUUAACAUCAAAAGGUUGCGUGUGAUGUCAAAAGCUGUGGGCAAUAUUUUUCAGGAAACAAAGUCCUAGAAGAAACCUCCAUAUAAUAAUGACAAAUCAUUUUCUCCUCUAAAUAUAAACAUUUAGUUAAAUACCACAUAUCAAUGUUUUUUUUUUUCCAUAUUUCAGAAAUUAAAGUGUUAUCCUAAAAUGAUCUAUCUCCUCUACAAUGCCUGCACAGCAGAGAGAUGCAGAAGCAAUCAUCUCACAAAUAAGGCACAAUUAUAAUAUUUGGACCAAAAACAAAGGAUAUUUUUCUUCCACAAAUUAUUAUAGGGAGCUGCUGCGGAACAUAUUUGCAAGCACCACUGUUAAUCUUUAUUGUAACAUUUACUUUUCAAGAUAUUACGCAGCAGUUGCUGUAAAUUUAUUUUCUAGCAGGCAUAAUCUUGGUUUACAUGUUCUUCAUAACAAAAUAAGUCAAUUGUAUUUAUUUAAAUUGUAGCUCAACAAGUCCUGUCAAUGCAGUAUCUUGUUAUGUGGUGUUACAGGAACACCGUGUGGAUUUCUCUCCGUACUGCAUGUAACUACAAUUGAAAGACAUUCCAGUAUCUUCAACUAAAAUGGAUUUGUGUGUUUUUUUUGGUGCCAAAAGUGAUUGAUGUUAUUCAAAGCAUGAUUAUUUUAGAGGAAAUACACAUGUAUUAUCUUCUCGUUAAGGCUUAUAAGGUAUUCAGGUAAUAUUAAUAAAAUAUACAUAUUAAUAUGAAUACAUUUUAAUUGAACGU